AGGAAGUGGUGUGUGUGGUGACGCCAGAGCGCGGGGGCAGCCCACUCUCGGAGCAGAGCUCGGGCGGGAGGACGGGGAGAGGAGCGCAGACCGCGCAGAGAAGAGGCAGCAGCGGCAGCAGCGGCGGCAGCAGCAGCAGAGCACAACGCGGCGAGGCGACGCUUUUCCGAGAAGAAACUUAAAAAUCUCACCGAAAAACAGCAUGUCUCCGCCUGAAGACGACAAGCCCGAGCUCCCCUUUCGGAUCUUGGCAUUGGAUCCACUGGACAAAACAUGAUGGAAGGAUAUCAAUUUCCAUUCGAUGACAACGAACCCUAGUUUGCGUAAUUGCAAAAAUGGAUGAAGAAAAGGAGAAACGCAAAGCCUAAGAGGCCUGUUUAAGGAGGACAUCGUAAUCUUAUGAAGACAAGAAAACAACUCGACCCCCCUACUGGACAGUCGAAUGGAGACUACAUCUUUAUCUGGAGGAUGGCGGCUCUGAUUUUGCUUUUGGAUUUGUAAAGAAAUUUAUAUUGCAAUUUUGCCUGCCAUGGUGUAGUGUUUUUUUUUAUUUUAUUUUACUGGGACAAAUGUUUCUGAAUGUUGUGUUGUGGUGUUCUAUGACUUUUUGUUUCAAAAUGUGCUUGUAACAUUCAAAGUUGAAUAUUAUAUAUUUUUUUAAACUUAAAUAAAAGUUAUAGUUUUUGAACAAUUCUGACUCUCUCAUUGGUUGGGUAAAAACUGAGUUAAAUUUCUAUGCAAAAGUCUCAAAUGUCAAACCAUGACUAUUUCAGAAGUUUACGAAAAUUGUGUUUUGUUUUAUGUUUUUCAUGGUUUCACGAAUGAUGGUGAACUGUGCCAAUUUACGGUCGCGUUUGCAAUGGUUUUGAACUCAAUUGAAAAGGUUUGAAAAAUUGUCAAUUUUUACCCGGAAGUUAAAUUGUGUGGCUUCGUGGAAAAAAAGAAAUGUUCGCCAGUCAAUUUAUCAUAAAUGUACAGUAAUGGUAAUUUUACCCAGCUGUGCAGCUCAAAUAAGUAUGUAGCUAAUCGUGUCGAAAUUUAGUAGCUGUAAAGAUUUAUAGUGACGCUAGCACCUCACUUUCGUAAUAUUCUAUUUAAACACGAAACUAAUUGCAGUGCAGUGUGGAUCAACUUUUAAAGGCGUUUUAAUGUUUUAAUUGUACUGCAAUUAAAGCGAUUGUCGCGUUGGGAUACUAACUGAAUACAUUCGUUUGUUGUAUUGUAGUGCAUUUUCAACUAUUUAUCCAGUAAUAUUCCCUUUACAGAGUAGUGUCAAUGCAAAACAAUAGCUCAGAAGGGUCUUUUCCCUAAUUCAAUUUAAUUCAAUUUAAACCCUUCUUAUGUGAAGUAUAGACUGGAACUCUUAUGUAGACUUGUGUAGAGUUGUUAGAUGUGUCCUAAAAUGGUGUCCUUUAGAGCCCAGAACUCUAAAAUGGCUUCUGAAUUGCAUUUCCUGUCUGAGCAGGAAGUGAUGUCUUGCUGAAAUAAUUUCUUUUAUAGCUCCUAAAAUCAUCAGAGUUGAUAAGUAACCCCUCUGGUGGUGUUGAGGCUGGUUUAGCAGAGGUUUGGGUUAGUGUGAGGUUUAGGUUUAGAGUGAAAUAAGGCUGUAAAUGUAGUUUUUAGUGGAGGGGGUGGGUCUUGAGUGGAUCACCUGAGUGCGGGGUAAAUGGAGAGAACGUCAAUCACAGGCUGAGCUCGGCUCAGAGCUGGGAAGGAGCUGUAGAUGGCGGAUGAGCCUUGGGAAGGGGAACGCGCUGAGCCUCGCCGGGCUCUGUGUAGCACUUCUCCCUGAACUUUAGCCAACUUUACCGCUCGCGUUAGGGCUCGUAUUGAAGCGGAAUCGAGCUGUAUGUGUCGCGGAGGGAUGUAGGAAGGUCUGCGCGUCGUUUUUCGGGGCUUUGUUUGGUCGGAACAGGCUGCUUUAGUGUAGAGGAGACCGUCGUUGUUUUCUCUGCCUUGCUCUGGCAGCCAUGGCGGUCCUCCAUUUUUAGUGCGCCGCGCAGGGCGCUUCAGCAGACCCUCCGCUCUCCAUUCAAAAGGCCAUCGCUCGAUUACACACCGCGAUUUUAAUCGUUUUUCAAAUAUUACAUUUUCUAUUUUAACGCCAGCCUGCAGGAAAUAAUCUUUUUCCACGUUUUGCCGGAAUAAUAAAUCGACAUUUUUUACGGCCGUGAAUGUACUGCUACGUGUACCUACGUGUCUAUGGAAUAGGUAUGUUUACACUGUAUAUUCUGUGUGUUUGAUUGUAUUUUGAUUUUCUCAUCUUUUAAUCGUCCUUUGUCUGAUGACGCAGUAAGAAUUUGUGCAUGUGGCUCUCUAUUGGAUCUCUAUUGCAUUGAAAGUCUAUCACAUCUGACAUCGAUCACAAUCGAGCAGGUGUCCUCUCAAUACCCCCAAUAACUACUGUAGCUAUUUACAUUAAUGUUUAUUGUUAAACCUAUUAUUUUCUAAUUUAUCAAACGUGUGGGAGCCGAGUCUUUUUCUCCCGUGUCGCAACCGGAGGAGGACUUGUACUGUCCUUAAAGCAAAAGCAAGCCGAUGGGACUUGAAUGAUGGUUCACCCCACUUUCAACUUUUGACAGUUAACUAAUACCUGGACUAAGGAUCAUCAAUAGCACAAAUCUCACCGGCAAAACCAUGAUGAAGAACAAGAACAAAAAACAAGCAGACGAGGGCUCGACCCACAGCAAUGCCUCCAGCAAUUCAGCAUCAGAGGAGUCAAACCACUCCGGCUCUGACUCGGCCAGCCAGUCGGAGAGUGAACAGGGCAGCACGAGGACGCCCGCCCAGCACUCCGAGUCCAACAGCUCUUCUGAGUCCGAGAGCCGCUCCGAGUCUGAAUGUGAAUCUGCCGGCUCCAAGACCCAGCAGGCUGAACCAGAGAGCAAAGACAAACCAGUCAAGAAGAAGGAAAGCCUGGCAGAGAUGUGGGAGGAGCAUCCAGAUGUCUAUGGUGUUAGACGGUCCAAUCGGAGUCGGACAGAACCUGCUCGUCUAAACAUUGGAGCAGAGGGUAGCAGUGAUUCUGAGGGUGAGAGUCCUAAAAGAAAAGCACCACAACAGAAAAAGAAGCAAAAUACCUGGAAAGAUGAUGACACAAACGACGAGGAUGAUGAUGAUGAGGAAGAGGCCAGCAGUUCAGAGAGUGAGCAGGAAGAAAAAAAAGUUAGAUCCAGACGACUUCCUGCUAGAAGACCUCAGACCAAAUCCUCCGCAGCCAAGCAGAAUCAGUCUCAAAAAGGACGGAAAACAAAGAAGCAGGAAACUUCGGAAGAGGAGGACGAUGAUGACGACGAUGAUGACGAGGAUACUCCAAAGAGACAGACGCGCAGAAGGGCAGCUACUAAAGUUAGUUAUAAGGAGGACCAGAAUGAUUUUGAAACUGAUUCUGAUGACCUGAUUGAAAUGGCUGAGGGAGCAGAAGAAGCGCAAGAUGAUGACAGUGAGACCAUUGAGAAAGUCAUGGACACCAGAACUGGCAAAAAAGGAGCUACUGGGGCUGCUACCACCCUCUAUGCUGUGGAGGAGAAAGGUGACCCUGGGGCAGAUUUUGACCUGGAGAAGGACGAGGGCGAGACCCAGUUCCUUAUCAAGUGGAAAGGCUGGUCCUACAUCCACAACACAUGGGAGAGCAUCGAUUCUCUCACUCAACAGAAGGUUAAAGGGAUGAAGAAGCUGGAGAACUUUAAGAAGAAGAAUGAUGAGCUUAAUGCUUGGUUAAGAAGAGCAUCACCGGAGGAUUUGGAGUAUUAUAACUGCCAGCAAGAGCUAACCACUGAUCUAAACAAGCAGUUUCAGAUAGUGGAGAGAGUCAUUGCAACGAAAACUGGGAAAUCACAGGUGCCUUCUGAUUUUCCCUCUCAUAAGACCACUUCUAAUGAACCAGAGUAUUUGUGUAAGUGGAUGGGCCUCCCCUAUGCAGAGUGCACAUGGGAGGACGGUGCCUUAAUAAGUAAAAAGUUCCAGUCCUGCGUAGAUAGCUUCAACAACAGGAACAGCUCGAAAACUGUCCCCUCCAAAGAAUGUAAGGUGUUGAAACAGAGGCCUAGGUUUGUGGCACUGAAAAAGCAGCCUUCCUACAUCGGGGGCGAGAAUCUGGAGCUGAGAGACUAUCAGUUAGAUGGCGUGAACUGGCUAGCCCACUCAUGGUGCAGGUGCAACAGUGUUAUCUUGGCAGAUGAGAUGGGCCUGGGAAAGACCAUCCAGACCAUUUCUUUCCUCUCUUACCUGUUCCAUCAGCACCAGCUCUACGGUCCCUUCCUAUUGGUGGUUCCUCUCUCCACGCUGACAUCCUGGCAGCGGGAGUUCUGCACCUGGGCCCCUGAUAUGAAUGUUGUGGUGUAUUUGGGGGAUGUCUUAAGCAGAAAGACGAUUCGUGACUAUGAGUGGAUCCACCAGCAGUCUAAAAGAAUCAAGUUUAAUGCGCUUUUGACUACAUAUGAGAUUUUAUUAAAAGAUAAGAGUGUUUUGGGAAACAUAAACUGGGCCUUUCUUGGGGUGGAUGAAGCUCACCGACUAAAGAAUGACGACUCGCUGCUAUAUAAAACACUGAUCGAUUUUAGGUCCAAUCAUAGGCUGCUAAUCACUGGGACCCCACUGCAGAACUCUCUCAAAGAGCUGUGGUCCCUUCUGCACUUUCUAAUGCCUGACAAGUUUGAGUCCUGGGAGGAUUUUGAGGACGAGCACGGUAAAGGAAGGGAUAAUGGCUACCAGAGUCUUCACAAAGUGCUGGAGCCCUUCCUGCUGCGGCGUGUCAAAAAAGAUGUGGAGAAAUCUCUGCCCGCCAAAGUGGAGCAGAUCCUCAGAGUGGACAUGUCCGCCCAGCAGAAGCAGUUCUACAAGUGGAUUCUCACGAGGAAUUAUAAAGCCCUCUCCAAAGGCACACGAGGCAGUUCCUCUGGAUUUCUGAACAUUGUGAUGGAGCUGAAGAAGUGUUGUAACCAUGGUUUCCUCAUCAAGCAGCCGGAGGACGGAGACGGCGAGACCCCUCUGGAGCGACUGCAGAUUCUCGUCAGGGGCAGUGGGAAGUUGGUCCUCCUGGAUAAGCUGCUGACUCGGCUGAAGGAACGGGGGAACAGGGUUCUGGUCUUUUCUCAGAUGGUCCGAAUGUUGGACAUCUUGGCUGACUAUCUGACCAUUAAACGCUAUCCUUUCCAGCGCUUGGACGGUUCCAUCAAAGGAGAGAUCAGGAAACAAGCACUCGACCACUUUAAUGCUGAGGGCUCUGAGGACUUCUGUUUCCUCCUGUCCACUCGUGCCGGAGGCCUGGGCAUCAAUCUAGCCUCAGCCGACACCGUGGUCAUCUUCGACUCAGACUGGAACCCUCAGAAUGAUCUGCAGGCCCAGGCCAGAGCCCACAGGAUAGGCCAAAAGAAACAAGUGAAUAUUUAUCGUCUGGUCACCAAAGGGACUGUAGAGGAAGAAAUUAUUGAAAGGGCAAAGAAGAAGAUGGUUCUAGACCAUCUGGUCAUUCAGAGAAUGGACACCACUGGACGAACAGUACUGGAUAACGGUUCAGGCAAUUCAAACUCAAACCCUUUUAACAAAGAAGAACUGACCGCCAUCUUAAAGUUUGGAGCAGAAGAGCUGUUUAAAGAGCCUGAAGGGGAAGAAUCAGAGCCUCAGGAAAUGGACAUUGAUGAGAUUUUGCGGCUGGCUGAGACCAGGGAGAGUGAUCAAGGUUCCAGUGCAACAGACGAGCUCCUGUCCCAGUUUAAGGUGGCCAAUUUCACUAUGGAUGAGAACACACCAGAGCUUGAGGGGAAAACUGUAAGGGACUGGGACGACAUCAUUCCAGAGGAUCAGCGGCGACGGGUGGAGGAAGAGGAGAAGCAGAAGGAGAUGGAGGACAUCUACAUGCUGCCCAGGAGCAGGAGCUCCAAUAAAAAACUGCAGGCCAACGACAGCGACAGUGACGUGGGGUCUAAGCUCAAACUCAAGAAUCGCUCCUCAGGCUCAGACAGUGAAACUGACGACAGCGACGAUGACAAGAAGCCGAAGCGGAGAGGACGACCACGUGCACGCAAGAACAACGUGGAGGGAUUCACCGACGCAGAAAUCCGCAGGUUCAUAAAGGCCUAUAAGAAAUUUGGAGCCCCACUUGAGAGGUUGGAGGCUAUUGCACGAGACUCUGAGCUGGUGGACAAAUCCAUAGCAGACCUAAAGAGACUGGGAGAGCUGGUCCACAACACCUGUGUAACUGCAAUACAGGAACAUGAGGAACAAAUGAAGGAGAAUCCCACUGAAGCUAAGGGUCCAGGGAAAAGAAGAGGCAUCAACAUUAAGAUCUCUGGCGUUCAGGUUAAUGCCAAGUCAAUCAUUCAGCACGAAGAAGAGUUUGAACCUCUUCACAAAGCCGUACCUCCAAAUCCGGCCGAGAGGAACAAGUUUCAGCUGACCUGUCGUCUGAAAGUCCCUCAUUUUGAUGUGGACUGGGACAUCCACGAUGAUACACAGCUGUUGCUGGGCAUCUAUGAGCAUGGAUAUGGGAACUGGGACUUGCUCAAGACUGAUGCUGAUCUUAAGCUGUCUGAAAAGAUUCUUUUAGAUGACCCUAACAAGAAGCCACAGGCAAAACAGCUGCAGAUGAGAGCGGACUACCUGUUAAAGAUGCUGAAGAAGGAUCUGGAGAAUAAGGAUUCUUCCAAAGCUGGAGAGGAGACCAAAGUCAGGAAGAGGAAACCCAGAGUAAAGAAGGAGAACAAGGCCCCGAAAGACGAGCUAGCCAAUGAAAUGGCCUCUCCCCGUCUCUCCGACAUCCCCUCUGAAGAAGGUGAAGUGAAGGAUGAGGGAGCUGAAAAAUCCCCCACUAAGAAGAAACAGAAGAAGAAGGACAACAAAGAGAACAAAGAGAAGCAAGGAGCUCAGAAGAAAGACAAGGAGGGUGACAAGGACAAAAAGCGUGCCAAACCUAAGAAAGAGAAGGCCAAACCAGCAGCCAAAGGGAAAAAGGCCCAGGGCCCAGUGCAUAUUACAGCGGGCAGUGAGCCCAUCCCGAUUAGUGAAGAGGAUGAUGAGCUGGACCAGGAAACCUUCAGCAUUUGUAAGGAGAGGAUGAGGCCGGUGAAGAAGGCUCUGAAGCAGCUGGAUAAGCCAGAUGAAGGCCUUUCAGUGCAGGAACAGCUGCAGCACACCCGAGCCUGCCUGCUCAAGAUCGGAGACCGCAUCACUGAGUGCCUUAAAUCCUACAGUGACCCAGAGCAUGUCAAGACGUGGCGCAGAAAUCUCUGGAUCUUUGUGUCCAAAUUCACUGAGUUUGGAGCCAGAAAGCUGCACAAGCUGUAUAAAAUGGCCCAGAAGAAGCGAUCCCAGGAGGAGGAGAAAGAGCAUAAGAAAAAAGAUGACCCUCCCAGGAAAAAGCCUUUCCGGCCUGAACCGUCUGGAUCCAGUCGAGACUCCACCGGGACCCAGCCUUCAUCCAAGUCCCACCCACCUACCGGACCCUCGUCUCACUCCCACCAUCGCGAGUCCUACAACCAGUCCAAUAAGAGACACUUCCCCAACGAUGAUCGGGGGGAGUGGCAGAGAGACCGUAAAUACAACUACCCGGGAAACAGCAACCAGUCCUGGCAGGGCGACCGGCAUCACCAGUAUGAUAGAUACAAGGACCAUCAUUAUGGAGACCGCCGGCCACAUGGGGACUCGUACCGCAAUCCUGGAGGCUACCGGAACAGCGGCUCGCCGCGAAAACGGCCCUACGACCAGUAUGGUGACCGAGACCAUCGGGGUCAUCGUGACUAUUAUGACAGACAUUCAGACCCUAAGAGGAGGCGCUCCGAUGAGUACCGAUCACCAAACUACCACCAGGGUGGUGGAGGAGGUGGAGGAGGAGGAGGAGGAGGAGGAGGAGGAGGAGGUGGAGGAGGAGGAGGAAGCUACUCUCAGGACUUCAGGAGGAUGCCUGAUCACAGGGGCGUCCCAGGGAACCACGGCCAGGCGGGGCCUGACCAUUAUCGGCCGUUUCAUUCAGACAAGCCCCCUCCUCUCAUAGACCCUCGCUCCCCACAGUCCCAGAAAUCCCCCCUAGAGUCCCUGUCGCCCCUUGAGAGGACCGCCGAGCAGAAACCUGCGGCCGAAGGCAACUGGAACAACAGGAAGACAUGAUUCCAGGCUUGAGUCCACUCUCUCUCUGAGUGGGGAGGAUGAUGCUUGGUGGACACUGCAGGGAGGAGACCUUCUGGCCCUUGUUGUUGUUGUUGUAGUAGGCACGACUCGGCCAUCUUGACCAGAUACUACCACCACCACCACUACCACCGCCCUUCUGUCCACCAACAGCUGUGUGUGAAGCUAAAUGAAGAUCCAACAUCUGGAGCUCAGCCAGUGUGUCCUGUGCUCUCUUCUGGAUGCUAAUGACAAUAAUGCCCAGGUGGACAGAGAAAGAUCUAAAACGGAAACGGAACGGUGAAGCCCAGUUAGUCCUAUGGACUAUUAUUAUGUGAACAAACUGAACUGAAUAAAGCCUUUGAAUUAUGUGACAGAGUUAGAAGCUGGAAAGUGCCUCAUGCAUUCUUUUCUUUCUUUUUUUCCUUUUAUUUACUUUAUUUGGGAAAGUUAAUAACAUUAAUAGAUUUAGGAAUUCUUCCAAAGCAGAUGUUCUUUUGAUGUUUGUUUCUUUUUCAUUUUAUUAUUUAAUUUUAUUUGUUGGUUUGUUUUGUGCAGAAUGAAAACAAAAAGUUUUGAGCGUAGCGUGAAUAAUUGACUGGGGAAACACAAGCAGAGCCUCUCAGCGCUGGAGUCCUGGGUUCAAGUCUCUGUCUGGGUGGAGUUUCCAUGUUCUCCCCGUGUCUGUGUGGGUUUCCUCCAGGGACUCUGGAAUCCACAGUCCAAAUUAGGAUAUUCUGAUAUAUUCUAAAAUUGACCAGAAGAAUUGGAUGCUCUAAAAUUGACCUGGUUUUGUGUGUGUGUAAGAGUGCACCUUUAGAUUUCAGGUCAUCAUCGUCAUCAUAAUCAUCAUCUUCCUUCUUUCUGUAGUCAUUUUGAUCAUGUUUUGGGUUAAUCGUAAUCAUUGAUGGGGUUGAUCCUGGGCAGAAUCUGUAUCUUGUGUAUGUGUACAUGUACAUGUAUGCUUGUAACUGGUCUCAUGAAAUUAUUAAUUAAUUAAUUGAUUGAUUGAUUGAUUGUAUGGUCAAGACAUUUGAAUUAGCAGUGGACAGCACAGCACAGAAUUAGCCCACUGCAGCCCACAACAUAGCCCCCAUCUAUGUGUGAGCUUAAAAGACUGGAUACAAACUAAAUUCAGUGUCACUUCUUCACAGAGAACACUAGCUAAAAAUACAAAGGUAAAAAAGCUCUAAAGCUACUUUUACUCUUCUUUUCAGCCUUUCAGCUGAAAUUUCUCUCUUUUCUUUUCCUCUUUUCUGUCCUGUCAGUAAGAAUAUGCUAUCACAAUGCUAACAAUCAGGAAAGGCAGAUCUUGGUAUUGCACUAAAAGUAAGUAUUGGACUCUACACAUCUCUACACAACUGUCCACUGUUCCGUUUAGAGUAAAACAAUGAACAUUGUUCUUUAAUUAUUUUUUCUUUUUUUUCCUCCUUUCGUGUGAGUGUGUUGAAAAGUUGUUUGAUAUGUUUGACCUUUAAAUGGAAACGCUGGCGCUGCGUGCGUCGGAAAAAACAGAAGGGAGCGGGAACGUACGUCAAGCUAUUUUUAGUCCUCCAGUUCCAGUUAAAGUGCCAAAACAACACAAGACUGGACUGGAGAGCUGGCAAAUAAUAUUGCUCAGUUUUUCGUUUUCUAUUUCCUUUUUUUUUGUUUCCCUCCAUCUGUGCCUUAUUCUUGUCUAAGGAAACUCUGGUGGCGUUUUUUUCUUGGUGGUCUUUAAGGACAGAGACUGUGCAGUAUUAGGCUGUGGUGAUGUGAUGGACAUCAAGGCGCGAGAAGUUGCUGAUGGGCAGGGAACAAUAUACGGACUGUGCUGAGAGGCUGAGAGGGAGGAGUGUUUUUUUGUAUCUUCUUCUGAAGAACUAAAGAGUGUUAUGAGUGUUACAAGGAGUCCAGACCUCACCUCUCUCCCUCCUGCUGCAGCUCCAGCCUGCACACUUCAUGGACCUGUGUUAUUUCAGAUAAGCCAAUGAAAGUAAUUUAUAUUUGUGAAAAAAAGAAGCCACUGUUCAUGUGAACUAUGCUGUACAUACUGUUUAUAGACCUAUAUGUAUUAAACUUUCCUACGUCAUGCAA